AUGUCACCUGCUUGCAAGUGUUAUCCAACGCUUAAAGACAUCAACGGCAAUAAGCGCAGGUUUAUUGCAAAUGGCCUCACAUGGGAGGUGAGGGCAAACAGCCGACACUAUCACAAACACCAUCAGAAGAAAUUCUUUCUGUGCUUCUGCUGGGGCCGAUAUGCGGACAAUUUGGUUCGCAGCUAUAAGUACUCCCCCCUGACUUUCCUGCCCCUGACGCUGUUUGAACAGUUUCAGCGAACGGCCAAUAUCUACUUCCUCCUCAUGGCGGUGUUGCAGAGUGUCCCUGCCAUCUCCUCCAUUCCCUGGUACAUUACCAUCAUCCCGCUCCUCAUCGUUCUCUCUGUGAGAGGGCUGAAAGACCUCAUCAACGACAUGGCAAGGAGACGCAGUGACUCUGCGAUUAACUCCCGACCCUGUGACGUACUCAUCUCCCAGAGUUUCAGCGCAGCAGAGUGGAAAGAUCUACAUGUGGGAGAUGUUGUGCGGAUCCACAAAGAUCAAAUCAUUCCGGCCGACCUUCUCCUCCUGUGCAGUUCAGAGCCUCACAGUCUAUGUUAUGUUGAGACAGCAGACAUCGAUGGAGAGACUAACCUCAAGUACCGGCAAGCACUCGGUGCUACACACAAUGAACUGACCACUCACCCCUCAGAGGAGACACUCGCUACCUUUGAUGGUGUUGUGCUCUGUGAGGAACCCAACAAUCGCCUGUACACCUUCAGAGGCCAGCUUCACUGGAGAGGGGAGUAUUUUCUGCUGGACAACGAGCACAUCCUCCUGAGGGGAACAGUGCUACGCAACACAGAGUUUGCCUACGGCCUGGCCAUAUACACUGGCACAGACUCCAAGAUCCUGAGGAACUGUGGUAAACUGAAAGUGAAGAAGACUCAAACGGAAAAAGUUCUCAACAGAAUGGUGAUCGGGAUUGUCCUGUCCGUGCUGACGGCAGCACUGCUCCUUGCCAUUGGCAGUGGCGUGUUUGCGAGUCAAGUCAUGAGCCAGACGGAGGCUCUGUCUGCUCUGGUGGUUGAUGGCAAUUCAGUCUACACAGGGUUCCUCGCCUACUGGAGCUACAUCAUCCUGCUCAGCCCAGCCAUGCCCAUAGCUCUCUACAUCUCGUUUGAGGUGAUCCACACGAUCCACAGCCAGUUUAUUGGCUGGGAUAUGGAGAUGUAUUGGCAGCAGGCCCACAAACCUGCCCAGGCCAGGAAUACCUCUCUGAGCGAGGAGCUUGGCCAAGUAGGAUACCUGCUGAGUGACAAAACUGGGACAUUAACCCAGAACUGUCUACUCUUCAGACAGUGCUGCAUAGCUGGAGAGAUCUAUGGUAACAAUCCCAUGGACCUAAGCUGGAAUCCUUUUUCCUGUGGCGAUCUGUUCAUGUCGGCUCCAAACCUGGUAGAGAAGCUCAGAGGACAACAGUGUCCACUCAGCAGACAGUUCCUCACUGCACUGGCUUUAUGUCACACUGUCAUGGCAGAGUGGAAGGAAGAGGCUCCAGUUUACCAGGCUGCGUCCCCAGAUGAGAAGGCUCUCGUUGGUGCUGCCAGGGAGCUGGGCUGGGUCUUCCUUUCCAGGACAAGAGACUUCAUCAUUGUCUCUGAGCUGGGUGUCACUCGGCAAUAUCAGCUGCUGGCACUGAUAGACUUUACCAGCCAGAGAAGACGCAUGUCUGUACUGGUACGGGAGCCAGAUGGUGGGUUGAAGCUGUACUGUAAGGGAGCUGACAUAGUGAUCCUGGAGAGACUGCAAAAGGACUGUCCACAUCAGGAAAGGACUGAAACAGCUCUGGAGCUGUUUGCUCAGGCCUGUCUGAGGACUUUGUGUGUUGCGGUUCGAUCUGUUCCUGAGGCAUCAUGGGAGCAGUGGAGUAAAACUCUGGCCCAGUCUGCUGCCAUGGCGACCUGUGAACGUGAGGCGCUGCUGGAAAAGCUUUAUGAUCAAAUGGAGAGAGAGCUGCAGCUUCUGGGUGUGACAGCAAUAGAGGACCGGCUUCAGGAGGGCGUUCCUGAGACUAUUGCUCUGCUUCAACAGGCUGGGCUUAAAGUAUGGGUACUAACAGGGGACAAAAAAGAGACUGCAGUGAAUAUUGGAUAUUCAUGCAAACUACUGGAUCCUGACACCAGAUUACUGGAAUGGCAGGAGUUGAGGCAGAUACUCCAGUCCCCAGACCCAGGGGUUAGUUUCUUCAAGGCCAGACAGACAGAGCUGUGGGCUGUAGACAAGGAGACGACUGGAGCAAAGACUGCUGUGGUCCUUACUGGACCUGAGCUGGCAGAGUUUGACCAAAGACCAGAAUGGGGGGCCACAUUCAUGAGCCUAGCAGAAAAGUGCCAGUCUGUGUUGUGCUGUCGUGUAACACCUGGACAGAAGGCUGACAUUGUCACAUUGGUCAGGAAACACACCAGCUCAAUCACCAUGUCCAUCGGGGAUGGUGCCAAUGAUGUGAACAUGAUCAAAACGGCUCAUGUUGGUGUUGGAUUAACAGGAGUAGAGGGAGGUCAGGCAGUGCAGAAUGCAGACUUUUCAUUGUCCCAGUUCAGAUUUCUGCAGAGGCUGCUACUGGUCCAUGGCUCCUGGUCCUACAGGCGUAUUUCCCUCUUCCUGCGCUACUUUCUGUUUAAGACCUGCAGCUUUGCUCUUGUGCACAUAUGGUUCGGUUUCUUCAAUGGCUACAGUGCUCAGUCUCUAUAUGAGACAUGGUUCAUCGCUCUCUACACUGUCUUCUACACAGCAUCCCCAGUUAUGUGCUUGGCCUUCUUUCAACAGGAUGUGAGUGCAGAAGGCUGUCUGAAAUGGCCUGAGCUGUACAAGUCUGGACAGAAGCAGGAGUUCUCCAGCCCUCUGGUUCUGUCAAUGUCGCUGCUGUAUGCUGUCUACUCAUCGCUCGUCCUCUUCUUCAUCCCAUGUGGAGUCUUCUACAACUCAGCCUUCGAUUACCAGACCAUGGCAGUCACUGUCGCCAUGGCAGCCACAUUUACUGCCACCAUUGAGAUUAUACUGCUGACCAGGACCUGGACAAAGUACAAUAUAGCAUGUUUGUGUGUGUCUGUGCUGUUGUUCUUCAUCUGCACCCGGAUCACCCACCAGCGUGGCCUGUUUCUGAAAUCACCCAGCGACUAUCUCUUCCUCGGUGUGUCUGAUCAGGCCUUCAUCAAUCCAGUUGUGUGGCUCACAGCUCUGCUCACUGCCUGGACAGCUGUUUUGCCCUCAGUGACCAGCCUUGCCCUUAAUGUCAUCCUUACCAUCCAUGACAAACACAAGGUCCACAGCACCUCCCGUCAGCCAGUGGAGCUAAAGUCAAAUUUCAGGAGAGGGAUGUCUCGCCGCCGUUCCUCGUAUGCCAUGUCUCAGGAAGUGGGACCCGGACGCAUCAUCACCUCAAGGACCAGCAUCCACCACACAGUGCCGACGGUGGAUGAGAAGCAUCUAGUGGCUCUUCUCUCCCUCUCCUCCCGCUCUGAACCCCUGUGCUCUGCUGGAUGCAGGUCUCUGAUGUUGACAGCUGGGGGCACUGUUGCUCUGCCAGUACGGGCAAGACCCAGGAGGGAGAGCUGUAAUGUAGUUGGCUGGAUGCCCGUGCGUGUUGUUGUCGCUUGGUUCUCAGUUAUUGAUCAGAGGAAAAGCUCCCAGCAGAACAAAGAGCAUGUCCAGACAUCUCACCCGCCUCUCCUGUUGGUCAGAGAAACACAGACUUGA